GUCCAAAAAUGUUUGAGAGAAGCUUAUCCAAAUCAUAAAACUCCCGAAAGGUCAUAAAAAGCAAAACCUGCCUUUCUUUCAUUUUACCCCUUGAUCAUUCUGACCAAUCGUAACUAGAAUUUUUUAUAUUGUUUUUCAAUGGCAAAGAAAGAGUAACGUAGUUAAUUAUUAUUAAUUAAAAUCAUUAUUAUUAGUUAAUAUUCGUCUCUGCUAAAUUCCUGCAAAUUCUCUCAGACGGAGGAAGGAGGUUACAUCGCCGCCAUCAAUGUCUUCUCCUUUCUCCAUCCCCACUUUCUGAUAGAUUGUAGUUGGAAGGGAAAGAGGCAAUGGAGGAGGAGACAAGUCAAUGGAAGCAAGCUUUGAUUAAUUCAUCAGCUGGUGCUAUUUCUGGUGCUAUUUCACGGACUGUCACCUCACCUCUUGAUGUUAUUAAGAUUAGGUUCCAGGUUCAACUAGAGCCGACUUCCUUGUGGACGUCACUACAUAGGGAUUUGUCUAAACCCUCAAAAUAUACUGGCAUGUUUCAAGCAACCAAAGAUAUUUUUAGAGAAGAAGGCAUACGGGGAUUUUGGCGGGGUAAUGUGCCAGCUUUGCUCAUGGUUAUGCCAUAUACAGCUAUACAGUUUACUGUUUUACACAAAUUGAAGACUUUUGCCUCUGGUUCAUCCAAGACAGAGAAUCACAUAAAUUUGAGCCCUUAUCUAUCCUAUGUAAGUGGGGCGGUAGCUGGGUGUGCGGCUACUGUAGGGUCAUAUCCAUUUGAUCUUCUUCGAACUAUAUUAGCUUCUCAGGGUGAACCGAAGGUUUAUCCAAACAUGAGGUCAGCAUCCAUUGAUAUUCUCCAGACCCGUGGAUUUCGAGGCUUGUAUUCCGGAUUGUCACCGACACUAGUUGAGAUUAUACCUUAUGCAGGCCUACAAUUCGGCACUUAUGAUACAUUCAAACGUUGGACCAUGGCGUGGAACCAAGUUCAAUAUUCAAAUACUGCUGCAGAAGAGAGCAUCUCUAGCUUUCAGCUUUUCCUGUGUGGGCUGGCUGCAGGAACAUGUGCCAAGCUUGUUUGUCAUCCACUUGAUGUAGUCAAGAAAAGAUUUCAGAUUGAAGGUUUGCAAAGGCAUCCAAGAUAUGGAGCUCGGGUUGAGCAUCGUGCAUAUAGAAAUAUGUUUGACGCCUUGAAACGGAUAUUACAGAAAGAGGGUUGGGCUGGUCUGUAUAAGGGGAUAGUCCCGUCUACUGUUAAAGCUGCACCAGCUGGUGCUGUAACUUUUGUUGCAUAUGAAUUGACAUCAGAUUGGCUGGAGUCUAUUUUGACUUGAUUUUUUAUACACUCCAAGAUAAAGGAGAGGGUUUCAUGGUUUUUUUUUUUAAUCAUGCUGUCUCAAUUAAUUACCUCUUGAUAGGAAUGAAUCAUGCGGUAUAUGGUGGUUUAAUUCAAUCAAAAUAUACCUGAUAUGAUUCAAUUUACUUUUCAAUAUGGAAACAGUUUAAAAUAAAAGCUAAGAUGUUGCCUAGUGACACAUUUUACUUUUA